AUGUUCUCCCUUCGAUCUUUGAUCGUCCUGUCUCUCGCAACGUCAUCCACAUUGGCUUCCCCCCCACGUCCCACACGAUCCCUCCCUAUCGACGGAACCGACCGUCCGUCAUCGACACUACACAUCGCCACGGACAAUGGGGGUCACACCCUGCACAGGCAAGAAGACGCCGACGACAUCCCCGGGACGUUAUCCCUCCCCGUCAUCCACAUGCCCAGAUCCGGUCUCCUCCGUCGGGAUGUCGAGAUGCAGCUCGAGAACCGCUCGGACAUAGCCUACUACACACAGAUCUUCCUCGGCACCCCUCCCCAACCAGUUUACGUGCAACUAGACACGGGCUCCUUCGAGCUCUGGGUCAACCCUGACUGCUCGACGCUCACGUCGUCGGCGGACAGGGCCUUCUGCGAGGGAGCAGGUCACUACACGCCGUCGGACUCGUCGACAUCUCGCGACGCCGGCACCUCCAACACGCUGACGUACGGCAUCGGCAGCGCCAACAUAAGCUACUACGUCGACAGCAUCGGCCUGGCCAAGGAGGCCACCUCUUCCAACAAGCUGAAGCAGGCCAAGUUCGGCGUGGCCGACGCCGGCGGCACCGAGGACCAAUUCGCCGGCGUCUUGGGCCUGGGUUACGGCGAGGACCGCGAUGACAACCUCGUCGAGCUGAUGGCCAAGCAGGGCCUGAUCGACGCCAAGGCCUUCUCCGUGGCCCUGGGGUCCAGGGACGAGGGCGGAGGCGUUCUCGUCCUCGGCGGCGUCGACACGGCCAAGUUCGACGGCGAACUCGUCCAGCUCCCCAUCGUACCCGCCGACCAGUCCCCGGACGGCAUGUCGCGGUACUGGGUCGCCAUGCAGUCCAUCUCGUACGCCGCCAACGCAUCCGCCCCCAACGCGGCGUCGGCCCUCAAGUCACGCACCUGGAACGGCACCGACUUCCCCAUCUUCCUCGACACGGGGUCCACAAUGACGCUCCUGCCCACCGACGUCGCCGACGCCAUGGCCGCCGACCUCGGCUCCGAGGGCUCCGACACCUCAGGUUUCUACCCCGUUGACUGCGCCAUCCUCGACAGCGACGGAUACCUCGACUUUGAAUUCGACGGCCUCACCGUCCGCGUGCCCCUCGCUGAAAUGGUCCGCUCAUUCAACUCCGGCGCCGAUCAGACUUGCUAUCUGGGCUUCUCACCUAGCGAUAACUUUGCCCUGCUGGGUGACAGCUUUCUUCGCUCGGCAUACGUCGUCUUCGACCUUGACUCCGACUCCGUCUUCAUGGCCCAAUAUGACAACUGCGGAUCCGACGUCUCCAAAAUCUCUUCCACCUCUGACCUCAAGGACCUCAAGGGCUCGUGCGGCAGCGGCGACCUAUACGAUUCCCUCUCGUCGUCAUCAUCGUCGCCGUCUUCUCCUUCCCCCUCGUCUGCGAUAUCCACCGCCACCGCCUCUGCCAAGGUCACCGACGCUGCUGCUUCCUCUGCCGAGUCAGCCUCUGCCGAGACCACUGCCAGCCCUACCGCCGCCAUCAACACCCACCAGACUCCUGUCACGUCUGUGACUAAGCCUGGGAGCACCGCUGCCAGCAGUAGCAGUGCCCUGGCGGAAAAUGACGGCUCUGGCUCGUCUGGCGGGACCAGUCCUGCUGGACGGGUGGAGGGUUGUUUCUGGGCUGUCGUUGUGUUGGCUGGUUUUGUUGUCGUCUCAUUGACAAUAUUUUGA